CACCACCACCACAACCAGCACCACAACCACCACCACCACCACAAUCAACACCACCACAACCAGCACCACCACCACAACCAGCACCACCACCACAACUAGCACCGCCACAACCAGCACCACCACCACAACCAGCACCACCACCACAACCAGCACCACCACCACAACCACCACCACCACAACCAGCACCACCGCCACCACCACCAGGAGCAGUAACAGCGCAAGCUCGCCUCCCGAGACGCGCCAACAGGCGCACGAGCCGAGCGAACCGAGCCGAACCCGACCCGAACCCGUGCCGAACCCGAGCCGAACCCGAGCCGAGCCCGAGCCUCUCCCAUUCCGCAGGAGCUCUCCGGCCUCCUCGGGAACCUGCCGAUGAUGCGUGCUGAGCGGCCUCGCCAUGGGGCUGUGUGACCGGGGAGUCCAGACGCUCUUCACGACCGGCGGCGCAUUCGCUGCCUUCGGCCUCAUGAGCAUCGCCGUAGGUACGGACUUUUGGCUCUACUCGCGGGGCAACUGCCGCAGCAAGGGCGGAGCCGGCGAGAACGACACCAGUGUGAAGAACGAGGAGGUGAUGACCCACUCGGGGUUGUGGAGGACCUGCUGCCUUGAAGGCUCCUUCAAGGGGAUGUGCAAGAAGAUCGAUCACCUCCCAGACGACACGGAGAUGGAGGCCGACUCUGCCGAGUACCUGCUACGCGUGGUGCGAGCUUCCAGCGUCUUCCCCAUCCUCAGCGUGACCCUGUUGCUCUUCGGGGGGCUCAGCAUCGCCGCCAGUCGCUUCUACAAGUCCAAGAACAACGUCGUCCUCAGCGCCGGAAUAUUUUUCGUGUCGGCAGGCCUGAGCAACAUCAUCGGCAUCAUCGUCUACAUCUCGGCCAACGUGGGCGACCCCAACCAGAGCCAGUCCAAGAAGAACAGCUACUCGUACGGCUGGUCCUUCUACUUCGGCGCGCUCUCCUUCGUCGUCGCCGAGAUGGUCGGCGUCCUCGCCGUGCGCAUCUACAUCGACAACCACCGGCUGGAGCGGGCGCGCUUCCGCCCCGACUUCCUCAAGAGGUCCACCGUGGCGCGCCUGCCCAGCUACGUCUACCGCUACCGCAGGCGCUCCCGCUCCAGCUCGCGCUCCAGCGACGACGAAGGCGGCGAAGGCGACGGCCCGGCAGCCGCGGCCGCUCGCUCCGACGACGACGACGACGACCGGACCGCCGCUCUCAAGGGCUACGUGACUCCCCCGCACCAUCCUCUCCAUCCUCCGCCGGUGGCGUUGACGCUGUCGCAUUCCCAGCAGCUGCAGCAGCAGCAGCAGUCCGCCAACGACAUGGCCAUGUACGCGCUCGCCAACAGGGACGGUGUGGGCAAGGGCAUCCUGGGACCCGCGUCCUACCUCAGCUCGUCCGAGCGGCUGGCGGCUGAGGCCGGCUUCCUGCACGUCCACAACUGCGUCCACAAAGAGCUGCCGGAGGGCCUGCUGAGCAGCAGCCUGGCCAACAGGAGGACCACGCCGGUGUGAUCGUCCGCGCUGAUGAGAGCUGCUGGCGGAGAGCGGCGGCGUUGUUGGUUUUUUUGUUCUUUUGAGCUGGGGGCGCCCCCCCCCCUUCACCUCCAACCUCUCUGUUGUCAAAUGCUGAGCUGCGAGGUGGUCCGGUAGAACGGGGCCCCCCCAGGUCAUGUGACACCGUCAUGGAGCUGAGCGGUGUGGAUAGUUACUCAUUCAUCACCCCCCACCACCACCACGCUUCGAGGGCCCUCCCCUCUCUCCCUCACCUCUGUCCCCCCCCUCCCUCCCAUCUCCCCCUCCUCCCUCCCCUCUCUCUCUCCCCUCUCUCCCUCCCUCCCCUCUCUCCCUCCCUUCACUCCCUCCCU